ACAAUUGUUGACAUAUAUACCAGCCGGUCUCCAUGUGGCAGUUUUUUUUGUUAAUAAACAUUACUUUUUUAAAUUAAAAUAAUAAAAAGUGUAUUAGUUUUUAAAUAUGUCUUCAUUAAAGCGAGAAAUUGAUAGAUUGCAGGCUUUAGAACGUAUGACUGCUGAGCUACGAACACAGAUUGAGAAUGCGAAAAAUGGAGUGAUUGUUGAUAAUGAUGAUGAGGAAUACAAAAAACUGCUUAUAGAAAAUACGAAAUUAAAACAUCGUUUAUCUAUUUUAGAAAAUGCUAUUGAAACUGAGAGAAAGGCAUCUUCAGGCGGUGGAAAUAUCUCGACUACAACGAGCUUUACACCUGCCACCGUACCAACUAUUGUCAAUGAAAUGAUAUCAAUUCAUCAGCAUUUAACAGAUGUGUUCACUAAUGCAAUUGCUAUAGCUUUUGAGCAACUGGCAGGUACUACAGCAAUUAUAUCACCUGUUGCGGCAAAUGCUUCAAAAUUUGGAGAUUAUCAGUGUAACAGCGCUAUGUCAAUUGCAAAGUCAUUAAAGCUUUUGGGCAUAAACAAAUCGCCACGCGAUAUUGCAAAUGAAAUCUUAAAACAAGUGCAACCAUCACCUUUGAUAGCUAAAUUAGAAGUAGCUGGUGCUGGCUUCAUUAAUGUGUUCUUAGAAAAGACAUAUGCUGUUCGUGCACUAAACAAUAUAUUGAAUUCAAGUGUAAAACCACCACAUUGUACGAAACGACGUGUAUUGGUGGACUUUUCUUCUCCAAAUAUUGCAAAAGAAAUGCACGUAGGACAUCUUCGUUCUACUAUUAUUGGUGAAAGUACUUGUCGGUUUUUAGAAUAUAUGGGACAUGAUGUGCUACGUGUUAACCAUUUAGGAGAUUGGGGUACACAGUUUGGUAUGCUAAUAGCACAUUUAGAAGAUCGUUUUCCAAAGUUUACUACUGAAAGUCCACCCAUAAGCGAUUUGCAAGCAUUUUAUAAGGAAUCUAAGAAGCGAUUCGAUGAAAACGAAGAAUUUAAAAAGCGUGCAUACGAUCGUGUUGUAAAGCUACAAAGUGGUGAGAAAAAUUCGACAAAAGCCUGGAAUCUUAUAUGCGAUGUGUCAAGAAAAGAAUUUCAAAAAAUAUACGAUCGUCUAGAUGUGAAAAUAACGGAGAAAGGUGAAUCUUUUUAUCAAUCUCGUAUGUUGGAUGUAAUAAAAUUACUUGAAUCUAAAAAUUUACUUGAGAUGGAUGAAGGAAGAAAAAUAAUGUGGCCAGAAGAAAGUAAAAGUGGUAUACCAUUGACAAUUGUUAAAUCGGAUGGAGGUUUCACGUACGAUACCUCAGAUAUGGCUGCCAUACGAUAUCGUAUCGAAGAGGAGAAGGCCGAUUGGUUAAUAUAUGUUGUAGAUGCUGGUCAGAGUACGCAUUUGAAAAAUAUUUACCUAGCUGCCGAACGUAGUGGUAUUUUUAAUCCAAAAAUACAUCGUGCUGAUCAUGUACAAUUUGGAGUUGUAUUGGGUGAGGAUGGUAAGAAAUUUAAAACACGUUCUGGCGAUUCGGUAAAAUUAUCUGAAUUAUUGGACGAAGGUUUGAAACGAUCCUUAGAAACAUUGAAGGAAAAAAAUCGUGAUAAAACCUUAACAGAAGAAGAACUGCAUGAGAUUCAGGAAUCUGUAGCAUAUGGUUGCAUCAAAUAUGCCGAUUUGUCGCAUAAUCGUAUUAAUGAAUAUGUAUUUUCAUUUGAUAAAAUGUUAGAAGACCGUGGCAAUACGGCAGUAUAUCUAUUAUAUGCUUAUACACGUAUAUGUUCGAUUGCCCGAAAUUGUGGUGAAGACUUUUCAGAUUUAAAGAAAAUUCUUAAAAGUAAAUCUAUUGAACUAGAACAUGAGAAGGAAUGGAAAUUAGCGAAAACAUUAUUGAAAUUUCCCGAUGUUUUGAUAAAGAUUUCUGGAGAUCUAUUAUUGCAUAGUUUAUGCGAAUUUUGCUAUGAUGUUGCAACUGUUUUCAGUGAAUUUUACGAUAAUUGCUAUUGCAUUGAAAAGGAUAAGAGCGGUAAAAUUAUUAAAGUGAACCAUAGCAGGAUAUUACUUUGCGAAGCAACUGCUGCCGUAUUAAGACAAUGCUUCUAUAUUCUUGGUCUUAAACCAGUACAAAAAAUUUAGAUAAACAUGCUGUAGCAAAAACCAGUUUUAUUAUUAAUUUAAAUAACACAAUUUGUCA